AUGCCUUUUGAUGAUUCGGUGAAGAUUCUUGCUGAUGAUUCGAUUAGAAUUCCAAUUGAUGAUUCCGUUAAAAUUCUUACUGGUGAUUCGGCUAUGGCAACUGGUGUUUUGGCUAUGGCAAGUGGUGGUUCGGCUAUAGCAAGUGACGAUUCGGCUGUAGCAACUGGUUAUUAUGUACCUGAAGACGAUUUGUGGUUUGGAAUGGACAUUACAGCCUGGAAAUCUUUAACGAUAGAUGAUAAAAUCGAAGAAAAGCACACAAUUAUUGAAGGUCUCAAAAGUGAAAUAAAAGAAGCAAGUUCAAAAAGAAAAUCUGUAUCAGGUGUUAAGGCCAAAUUAGCUGUUGAAAAAGAAGGAUUACAGAAGUUAUUAGAACGAAAAGAAAAAGAUCGUCUUAAAAACAAAGAAAAUAAUGUUCGAUAA